UAUCUUACAAACACGCAUAUAUUGAAGUGCAUAAUCCAAUCUUUGGAAAGAAAGAAAAUUUCUGGCAGAGGUGGUAGAGUUAAUACAGACCCACAGACAGGAAAGCAAUAAGGCAAUGAUGAGCCAUUUGCACACAUUGGAGAAAAGCUGGAAACAAAUAAAGGUUAAGGGAGCAAAGAAAAUAGCCUUUUCCCUCUCCUUCCUUUCCCAGCUUUGGAUCAGGCUUAGGCAGAGCGCCAGUUCUUCUUUCCAGAGGUUUGCUGCUUCCGAAUUAUACCGAUCAAAAUGGGUGGCCGGUGCUCCAAGUUAACUCUCUGCUGUUACCACUCUCACCAUAAGCCUUCCGUCCUCGAGUCCUCCGAUCUCGAGGACGGGGGCAAAAAUGACGGGAGCCCAUGGCCGAGCUUUAAGGAGUUCAGCUUGGAGGAGUUGAAAUCCGCCACCGGCGGGUUUUCUUCCGACAACAUAGUGUCGGAGCACGGCGAGAAGGCUCCAAAUGUGGUUUACAAAGGGAAAUUGGAUGCCGACCGGUGGAUUGCCAUCAAGCGCUUCAAUAGAAUGGAUUGGCCCGAUUCUCGCCAGUUCGUUGAGGAAGCGAAGGCGGUGGGGAAUCUGAGAAGCGACCGGCUGGCGAAUCUUAUUGGAUGGUGCUGUGAAGGUGAAGAGAGACUGCUGGUUGCUGAGUUUAUGCCCAAUGAAACGCUCGCCAAGCAUCUCUUUCACUGGGAGACUCAGCCGAUGAAAUGGGCAAUGAGGUUGAGAGUAGCUCUUUAUCUAGCCCAAGCUUGGGAGUACUGCAGCAGCAAGGGAAGGGGUUUGUACCAUGAUCUCAAUGCCUAUAGGGUCUUAUUUGAUAAGGAUGGGAAUCCAAGGCUAUCUUGCUUUGGGAUGAUGAAGAACAGGAGAGAUGGCAAGAGUUACAGCACUAAUCUCGCAUUCACCCCUCCUGAGUACUUGAGAACUGGCAGAGUGACUCCAGAGAGUGUUGUCUACAGUUUUGGUACACUUCUGUUGGAUCUACUUAGUGGCAAACAUAUUCCACCCAGCCAUGCCCUUGACUUGAUUCGCGGCAAGAACUACCUGAUGUUGAUGGAUUCAGCACUGGAGGAUCAUUUCUCAAAGGACGACGGUACUGAGUUGGUGAGAUUGGCUUCUCGUUGUUUACAGCUUGAAGCUCGAGAGAGGCCAAAUGCCAAGACACUUGUGGCUUCUCUGAUUCCACUUCAGAAAGAAACUGAGGUUCCGUCAUAUGUACUUAUGGGGAUCCCACAUGAAACAGCAGCAUCAGCAAGUAACCAGCAGCUGUCGCUAACCCCGUUUGGUGAGGCCUGCUUGCGAAUAGAUCUUACUGCUCUACAUGAGCUGCUGGAGAAAGUUGGGUACAAGGAUGAUGAAGGAAUUGCCAAUGAGCUGUCUUUCCAGAUGUGGACAAAUCAAAUGCAAGAUACCUUGAACUCCAAGAAACAUGGAGACAUUGCCUUCCGAGCAAAGGAUUUCCCCACUGCCAUUGAUUGCUACUCACAGUUCAUCGAUGGAGGAACCAUGGUAUCACCGACGGUGUAUGCUAGGCGGUGCCUGUCGUACUUGAUGAAUGAUAUGGCACAAGAAGGGCUUGGAGAUGCCAUGCAAGGUCAAGUUGUGUCCCCUGAGUGGCACAUUGCUUCUUACCUUCAAGCAGCAUGCCUCUUCAGCCUUGGAAUGGAGGGUGAUGCUCAGGAAGCUUUGAAAGAUGGCACCAACUUGGAAGCCAAAAGGAACAAAAAUUGAGAUUAUAUAUUAGAAGAAAGGAAGAAAGAAGAUUGAUGUAUAGAGUUGCUUCUUUCCCUUCUUUUUUCUUUCCAUUCCUUGCUGCAUAAUUUUUUUAUACCUUCUUGUAUGUAAGGUUCCCUCAUUUCUUGGUUUGUUUUGAGCUCUUGUUGACAUGUGAGGAUCGGUCAAUAUUUGUCUAUCUAUUCGUAUGAUUUCCUCUUUCGUGGCUUGUCUUGGUGUACCCACAAUUAGUAGAUUGACUGAAUUAUAUAUAUAUAUUAGAUUGACAUGUGGAUCAAGAAGACCAGCUCAAAUUAGUUUCUUUUGAUUUAAAUUCAUAGAAAAAAGCAUACUAAAUUCAAAAAAUCAUGAGACUCAUCGAAUGAAAAGCUUUUAACCAG